AUGUGUACACUACCUGUUUACGCUCAUACGAAACUAUUUCAGUUCAAACUUUGUUCGCGGAUUUCCUGCUUUGUGUAAAGAAAACCAUGUUUGGAUGCUGUGCUCUAGUUAAUUUAUGGUCCCACAAGAAAAGUAGCUACAGUACAAAUUUAAAAUGCGUCAUUUAGGCCAUCUCGUCAAUGCCUGCCCCUCCAAUGUUCAUUUGCCAAACAAUUUUCCACUCCAAUCCGUCAAGUCCCAAAAAAUUUACGAAAUUAAAUUCUUGCAUCAAGUUUGUAUUCUGAGUUUUAGAGUAAGUGUUUUGGGAAUUUAUGGAAGAUUUGUGAUUUCAAAGUAAGGACAUCUUCCAGGGUUCUGGUUUGCUUCCUUUCCUUCCAUCCUUGACCCUUUCUCUCUCUCCUGUCUUUCCUUCCAUCCUUUCAUUCAUACAUUCUUGUCUCCUUUCAUACUCAUCUCAGUUCUUAAUCUCUCUCUUUUAUACUUUCCUUCCUUGCAUGUCAUACUGAAUUCCAUAUCAUCUUUCUUUUCUCCCAUUCCAUCACAUUGCCUGCCAUUCUGACUUCCUUCCUCCAAUUUAAUUCAAAAUAUAUAUAUAUAUAUAUGUAUAAUGCUGUAUAAUUCCCUGCUUUUGCAGCAGGAAUAAACCAGAGUACUCCAGCCAAUGUUUGACCAAUCAAAUACUGCAGUACAGUAUACAAAAUUACAAUACAACCAGGUAAAUGGUUUGAAUGAUGAUUGUAGCUUUCUUUACUAGCAUAGUUUGAUGUGUGACGUGUCAGUCUAUUAAAAGAUGCAACAUAAGAUAAGAUAAGAUAAUCCUUUAUUAUUCCCUCAAUGGGGAAACUCCUAUGUUAGCAGCAGUACAUAUACACAUAUAUUAACAUAUGCACACACACACACGCAUGCGGGGCAGGGGGUAAAAGAUUUUAAAGAAGUAGAAGGUAUAUAUAAUUAAAAAAAUAUGGACAGUGUAUACAAAAUACACAAUACACAAUUGUAUUGUAACAUGAAAAAAAAAAAAAGAUUUUGAGAACCAAACAACUGUAAAGGCACGUGUGACAAACGAUUUCGAGUACCAAACAAAUAUAAAUUGAAUAUUACUAAUCUGUGACUACUACAGAGGCCCUUUACAACUCGAGGUAAACAAAAAAGUCCCGGUUUUGUCCAGAUGGGGGCGCUAGAGUACAAGCUUGAGGUACCGCAACAUCCUUCGUCAUGAUGCGCGAUGGCCGCACAUGAUCGCGUGCCGCAUAGACUGAAAUGUGGUCACGAUCACAUUAUGCUGUGACUUUAUUUCCGUUAUGUUAACACAGCCAGGCUACGUAAAAAAAUAAAUAAAAAAAAAGCACCCACAUCCCGCUGCCACUGUAACAAACCCUGUUGUGUUCGUGGGCGUCAAUUCAAAACACAAUGUCAAUGCACCACUCACGCUUUCCGUUCUAUUUAUUACAUUUGAUAUAUUUAUGCGCAUACGCCGCCUGUUCGGACGAAUUCGCACGGAGGCUCUCUGGCGCCGAGCCCCCUCCCCGCGUACGUUUGUUUCUGUGGGCUGGCGCAAGCUCCCUCCUCCAUGCGUAAAAUAUGUAGGGCAUGCUUUGCCACCUCCAUUUGAGAAAAGCCCAACCGGUAAAUAAACUGUAUUUGGAGGGGACAAGGAGACAUAGCAGCCACUCUCCUUAAUCGGCAUUUCAACUCAAGAAGCGCAACACAUUUGCAAGGAGGAGGAGGAAGAGGAAGAGGAGGAGGAAAAGAUGGACAUUACCGACCAGGGUGCUCAAAUGGAGCCCCUGUUGCCAGCGGAACAAAGUGUCCAAGAAACUAAAAAUGUGAGGACUGAUGAGGAAGCAGUGGUGGACCGUGGCGGAACCCGCUCCAUGCUGAACACCAACUUUGAGAAGGAAGAACUAGAAGGUCACCGCACUCUUUACAUCGGGGUCCACGUUCCUCUGGGCCGCAGAUCACAUCGCCGCCACCGUCACCACGGCCACAGACACAGGAAGCGCUCCAAGGAGAGGGACUCCACGGCUGAGGACGGACGAGAAUCUCCCUCACACACAGACACACCGGCCCAGAGGGUGCAGUUCCUGUUGGGGACGGAGGAUGGCGAUGAGGAGCACAUCCCGCACGCCUUGUUCACCGAGCUGGAUGAAAUUUGCCUCAGAGAGGGCGAGGAUGCAGAAUGGAAGGAGACUGCCAGGUGGCUGAAGUUUGAGGAAGACGUCGAGGACGGCGGCGAGCGCUGGAGUAAGCCCUACGUGGCCACGCUGUCCCUCCACAGUCUUUUUGAGCUCCGCAGCUGCAUCAUGAACGGCACCGUUAUGCUGGACAUGAGAGCAAAUUCGCUGGAGGAGAUUGCAGACAUGGUCCUGGAUCAGCACGAAGUGUCUGGUCAACUGGGUCAGGAUGCCAGGAGGAGGAUUCGUGAGGCCCUGCUCAAGCAGCAUCACCACCAGAACCACAAGAAGCUUGCCAACCGUAUCCCCAUUGUCCGCUCCUUUGCAGACAUUGGCAAGAAGCAGUCAGAGCCUCACUCCAUGGAUAAGAAUGGACAAACCGUUCCAUCUCAGUCUCAGUCAGCGAUGACCGAGGGCAAACAGGACGUCAGUCGAGAAAACAGCGCUGUGGACUUCAGCAAGAUUGACCUUCACUUCAUGAAGAAGAUCCCACCUGGCGCAGAGGCCUCCAACAUCCUGGUCGGGGAGUUGGAAUUUCUCGAACGCCCUGUGGUGGCCUUUGUCCGCCUGGCGCCCGCUGUGCUGCUCAGCGGCCUGGCUGAGGUUCCCAUCACCACUAGGUUUCUUUUCAUCCUGCUCGGGCCUCUGGGCAAAGGUCCGCAGUACCAUGAAAUCGGACGGUCUAUCGCAACCUUGAUGACGGACGAGAUUUUCCACGAUGUGGCGUACAAAGCCAAAGACAGAAAUGACCUGGUGGCCGGUAUUGAUGAGUUCCUGGACCAAGUGACAGUGUUACCCCCUGGAGAAUGGGAUCCCUCCAUCCGAAUAGAACCUCCCAAAAAUGUGCCCUCUCAGGAAAAGCGGAAGAUUCCUCCUCUUCCGAAUGGAGUCACGGAUCUCGUGGACUCGGAGGAACACGGAGGCCACGGUGGCCCUGAGCUUCAACGUACUGGAAAGCUGUUUGGGGGUUUCAUCCUGGACAUCAAGCGAAAGGCCCCUCACUACCUUUCGGACUACACGGACGCCCUUAGUCUGCAGUGUCUGGCCUCCUUCCUUUUCCUUUACUGCGCUUGCAUGUCACCUGUCAUCACCUUCGGAGGUCUUCUUGGCGAAGCCACCGAAGGACGUGUGAGCGCUAUCGAGUCCUUGUUCGGGGCUUCCAUGACCGGAAUCGCCUAUUCGAUUUUUGCCGGGCAGCCGCUCACAAUCCUUGGCAGCACCGGUCCGGUCCUUGUGUUUGAGAAGAUCCUCUUCAAGUUCUGCAAGGACUACGGCCUCUCCUACCUCUCCCUGAGGGCCUGUAUCGGCCUUUGGACGUCCUUUUUCUGUCUCCUGCUUGUGGCCACAGAUGCCAGCUCGCUUGUUUGUUACAUCACAAGGUUUACAGAGGAAGCCUUUGCUUCCCUGAUCUGCAUCAUCUUCAUCUAUGAGGCCCUGGAGAAACUGAUCCACCUGGGCGUGCACUACCCCAUCAAUAAAAACAACAACCUUCAGAAGCUUACGCUGUAUUCGUGCACUUGUGCCGAGCCCCAAGAUCCCAGCAAUGAGACUCGGCUGUUGUGGCAGGAGAGAAACAUCACGGCCUCUGAGGUCAACUGGACCAUGUUGGAAGUUAACGAGUGCGAAAAACUGCACGGGGAAUUCAGGGGCAGCGCCUGCGGUCCCCACGGCCCUUACAUUCCAGACGUCCUCUUCUGGUGCGUGGUCCUCUUCUUCUCUACCGUCUUCAUGUCCGCCUUUCUGAAGGAGUUCAAGACAAGGCGCUACUUUCCUACCAAGGUUCGGGCUAUCAUCAGUGACUUUGCAGUCUUCAUCACCAUCCUCACCAUGGUUCUGGUUGACUACGCUCUGGGCAUUCCCUCACCAAAAUUGCAAGUUCCCAACAAGUUUAAACCAACCAGAGAUGAUCGCACCUGGAUUAUCAACCCCGUGGGCCCCAACCCAUGGUGGACCACCAUCAUCACCUUCAUCCCUGCUCUAUUGUGCACCAUCCUCAUCUUCAUGGACCAACAGAUCACAGCCGUGAUUAUCAACAGGAAGGAACACAAACUGAAGAAAGGCUGCGGCUACCACCUUGACUUGUUUGUGGUCGGCGUGAUGCUGGGCGUGUGCUCUGUGAUGGGCCUGCCGUGGUUCGUGGCCGCCACCGUGCUUUCCAUCUCGCACGUGAACAGCUUGAAGCUGGAGUCCGAGUGCUCCGCACCCGGAGAGCAGCCUAAGUUCCUGGGCAUCCGUGAGCAGCGCUUUACCGGCCUCAUGAUCUUCACCCUCAUGGGCUGCUCUGUUUUUAUGACCUCAGUGUUGAAGUUCAUCCCGAUGCCUGUGCUGUAUGGAGUGUUUCUCUACAUGGGGGCGUCUUCACUUCGAGGGAUCCAGUUCUUUGACCGUCUCAGAUUGUAUGGGAUGCCGGCCAAACAUCAGCCUGACUUCAUUUACCUUCGCCACGUUCCCUUGAGGAAAGUGCACCUCUUCACCGUCAUCCAGCUCAGCUGUUUGGUGCUGCUGUGGGUCAUCAAGACCUCCAGGGCUGCCAUCGUUUUCCCCAUGAUGGUCUUGGCACUCGUCUUCAUCCGUAAACUCCUGGACUUCAUCUUCACCAAGAGAGAGCUCAGCUGGUUGGAUGACUUAAUGCCAGAAUGGAAGAAGAAGAAACUUGAAGAUGCUGCACAAGAGGAGGAACACAGUAUUAUUGUAGAAGAAGAAGGCAUUGUGCAAGUUCCACUUGAAGGACACUACAAGGGCGACCCAGCGACUGUGAACAUCACUGACGAGAUGUCUAAGGGUUCCUUCGGGAACGUUUGGAAGGGCGUGAACCCCGUGGAAAAGGAACCGGCUGCUAAAAGCUCCCCUUCCUAACUUCCUAGAAGCUGAGAAGCCAAAGUUUACCCCAAAAAGUUGAGAAGCGCCACAAACGUCGGAGACACGACAAGAGCUUGGAUCGGGAGACAAGCUUGUGAUGACACACAUGGGCAGCCGUUGUUUUGUCUCUUUUGUUCAUCAGAAAAAAAAAACGGUGCCACACUCCACCACCUUUGUACUGUGAUUUUUUUUUUUUUUAAAUUAUUAGUAUUAUGUGUGUCGUGUGCAGCUUCUGUAUGAAACAUGACACUAGAAGCAACAUUGGCGACCAUAUUAAAGAAUCAAUGCACAUUUGCGUGAAACCAGCAACAAAACGGGCCAAGCGAAGGAGACUUUUUCAAAAAUAUUUAAUUGUAUUUAUAUGUUUCGCAAAAACUUACAUUUCUAAAAUCCUGCCUCAGCAGAAUAGUUCAAUUGCUUACAUAUGUGAUUAUUGUAGAAUUUAGAAUUUCUGUGAAAAGUGUGUCGAAAGUAAAACAUUUUUGGGGGGGGGGGGAAUAUAUUAAAUCUCAUAUAUAUUCUGUAUAUUUAUUAUUUUUGGUGAUGUUCCAGCUGUUUUGUUUUCCCUUCAUCUUUUGCAAAGUAGCACGUGAUCUUCGCCUCCUUUGGCAAAUUGCUAUUUGGUCUUUUUCCUCUGACCUUUCCAGUGGCUUGUACAAAACUCUUUACCGCUGUCAGUACGUGUCAUCCACGGACCUAAUGUGUCUUCAGUGUUGUGUUCAAAAUGAUUAUUAUUUUAAACGGCACCAUUAGUACUUCUAGAGAUGCAAUAAAAAAAAAACUUUUUUUCUGCAAAGGGCAACCUGUAAUAUGUGCUGAUCAGUCUUAACAAUAUAUAAUACACUCUAGUUUAUUUUAUUCCGUGUUGCUAAUAUAGAACUGAAAAUGAUGUCCAAGGCUUUUUUUUCUGACGUAGAUGUUUCCUUGAUGCUUCUCUUGAUGCUUAUACUAAUAAGAGGUCAAAAUUAUAUCACUAUCACAUCUUUUGACUGCAUCUAUGUGUAUUUUUGUUUGCCUUAAACUUCGAUAGACGAUUGCCACGUGCAUUCGAUUGACAAUUUGACUGGCGAUUGUGAAGUAAUCCGUUCCGAUUUGUUCUUCAAUUGUGCUUUUGUUCAGCAGAAUGAAAAAGGAUUUGAUUCGCGUGUCUAUAAAAAAUGAAAUAAACAUACACAAAGAUA